AUGAGAUACUUAAUGAAGAGCAUCCCGCGCUCGUGGCUGGGACUCCAAACACCUCGCUGCACCUCUUUUUCAUCACUCAAAGCAUACGCAUCCUUCAGAAUGUCUUCAGGAAAGACUGCCACCCUCAACACUGGCUACAAGAUCCCUCAAUUGGGAUAUGGCACAUGGCAAGCCGGUCCCGGUGAGGUGGGCAACGGUGUCUACGAGGCGCUGAAGAUUGGUUACCGACACCUUGUGAGUGACCCUGACGAUCCCUGGACCCUGAGCAGCCGUCCUUUCACUACAUCCAUCAACUCUGCCGCUUACACAAUUUGCUAACCUUCUUCUUUUCAGGACCUUGCCAAAAUGUACGUUUUUAUACCCCACGUUCUUUUCCACCUCCUUGCAAGAGUUUCUCCGCCGCUGCCGCCGGCGAGGCUGCCACGGCAACCUCAUACCCAACGGUGACAGUCCGGUGGAGGUCAAGCUGGGAUGCCCCUCAGUGGGGACCUUCAAGAAGCUAUGACCAGUCCUCCACAACCCGUGGCUAGAAAUGCUGACUAACAUAUUUCGCACCAAUCAGCUACGAGAACCAGAAGGAGGUCGCGGAAGGUAUCAAACGCGCCUUCAAGGACAUCCCUGGCCUCAAGCGUGAGGACAUCUUCAUCACAUCCAAGCUCUGGAACACCCAACACAACCCUGAGCACGUCGAAGCCGCUCUUGACGACACCCUUGCUGAGCUCGAGCUUGACUACCUUGACCUCUACCUCAUCCACUGGCCCGUCAACUUCGGCCCUGGAAAGGACCCUCACUCUGACCUCUUCCCUGCCACCUCCGACGCCAAUGAGGUCAACAUUGACAACUCUGUCCCCAACAGCGAGACAUGGAAGGCCGUGAACAAGCUUCCCAAGAGCAAGGUUCGCUCUGUUGGUGUUUCCAACUUCACAUACCAAACCCUCAAGGCUCUGGUUGAGAAGACUGGCCUCGUUCCUGCCGUCAACCAAAUCGAGCGUCACCCCAUCCUUCCCAGCAAGGAGCUCAUCGCCUACGCAAAGGAGAAGAACAUCCACAUCACCGCCUACUCCGCCUUCGGCAACAACUUCUUCAACAUCCCUCUCCUCAUCACUCGUCCGGAGGUCAAGGCCAUCGCCGAGAAGAAGGGCGCUACACCCGCCCAGGUCAUCCUUGCCUGGAGCCAGGUUGGCGGCCACUCCGUGAUUCCCAAGUCCGUCACCCCAUCCAGGAUUGCAGAAAACUUCAAGGAGAUUGAGCUGAGCGAGGAGGAAGUCGCUGCUAUCCAGAAGUUCUCGGACGAGCACCAGGGCCGCAGGAGGUACAACGUGCCGUACACUGCUAACAAGCCUCGCUGGAGCAUCAACGUCUUCGAUGAGCCUGAGGAGCAGGAGGCCCCGAACAAGGUCGUUGUGUAG